AUGAUUAUCGUCCUUCCUGAUGGCCUUUCGGGUCAGCUAAUCGAGGAUCACUCUGCCCCUCCGCCUUCCCUAAAGUGGGCUGAGGAGGGAUAUACUGUCAUCCAGAUAUGUGAAUCUGCCCUCAGCCAGGAAACCGUGUUGUGCCAGGCGGUAGAGGAAUUGGCGCAACAUGACAAGUGCACGCCAAACGACAUCAUUGGUCUUAUAGCAUAUGGCUUUCAUCUAUGGGAAGGCCUGAAGUCUCUUCCCGGCAUCGAGAGAAUCACGGCAGCUGUUGUGUACGCGGCAGCAAGCGAUGCAACUCAGUUGAUCUCGAGCCACAUUCCCACAAUGUACCAUCUAGCUGGGAAAGCGGAUACACCAUUACAAAGAGCAUUCAGUACAACGCAAUAUGACUAUCCAAACAUAGAAAGCCAAUUCUUUGCCAUCCCAAAUUCUACCGCAUUCGAUUAUGCCACGGAGGGAGUCUCACAUACGCGAAGCUUGACCUUCCUAAAAAAGCACAUGAAUGGCCCAUUCUUCGACCUGGAGGUUAUCUGGGAAGAACAUACUUACUUUGAAUUCGACAAUCGAUCAGUUGAGCAAACAAUGGCAACAAUGGUGCAAGAGCCCUAUGUGAAUCACAUCCCAACGAUGACGGGUGGGAUUGGCCGUGAUGAGCUCACCAGAUUCUAUCGCGACCAUUUUAUUUUCAACAACCCCCCAGAUACCAAGAAUGAACUGAUAAGUCGGACUAUCGGUAUUGAUCGGGUAGUUGAUGAGUUUAUAAUGACUUUCACACAUGAUUCUGAAGUCGAUUGGUUAAUCCCUGGGAUCCCUCCAACAGGCCGCAAGCUGGAGAUCCCGUUCAUGGCAGUGGUCAACAUCCGAGGAGAUCGCCUUUACCACGAACACAUCACCUGGGACCAAGCCACUGUCCUCAAGCAGCUGGGCCUUAUGCCAGAGUUUCUACCAUUUCCAUAUCCACUUCCUGGUGGGAAGAGGCCGGCCCACGGAAGAAGCUUUGAAGUUCGAGCACCGGUUGCAGGGGCUGAGACAGCAGCAAAAAUGCGUCAUAAGAGCUCUGCUCCGUCGAACCAGUUGUUCGAGGGGGCCAUUCGGGAAGUUUGA